ACCAGUGGCCACGCAGUACCAGCAAAGCAACACCAUCAUGCUGCAACCGCUGCUGACUGUUCUCGAUCCCCACCGUGAACUGAUCGGUCAGAUUGCCGGUCUACUCACGGUGCUGCAGUAUCUGGCCGGUUGCUUCAUCUGUGCCGAUAUUUACCGACGCGGUUCCUCGAAGGGCGUGUCACCGGUGCGCUUCAUCGUUGGCUGCAGUUUAUCGCUGCUGCAGCUGCAAUAUUUUCUGAAGCUACAGUCACCGACCCUGAUUGGGACAAGUAUCUGCACGUUGACCUUCUCGGUUCUCUACUCGCUCUGCUAUCUCUGGUACACGCCGGUCGAAUCGAGGGGUGCGCUGUAUAAAGUGCUGCUGACUGUUGGCGUACCGACGGCCGCGAUUUAUGCGUACGGUUGCCAGGGAGACGAUGCUGUGAUCACGGAUCGGCUCGGUCUCAUCAUAACAGUGCUCGCUCUAAUGUUCAUUGCGUUACCAUUGACCCAACUGGGAACAAUUAUAAGGGCCAAAAGUACCGCUGGACUGCCGCUGCCAGCUAUAGCGGCCUCGACUGGCGCCUCCAUCCUGUGGCUCCUGUACGGUCUACUAAUCCACAACUCGUUCAUUGUCGUCCAGAAAAUCAUCGCGCUGGCCCUCUGCACGCUUCAGUUAUCCUUGUUUAUCAUUUAUCCAGCCACUGCUACGGCUGGUCAACGGAAAAAGCAACAAUAAUCCCUGCCACCCAGCGAUACCAGCCUGCUCAUGGGCAGGGCCAUCCUAACAGCAGUACAACGUGGGCUGCUGUCUGGUUUAUCUGGUCAACCGGAGUGAUUUUAAGGAUUUCCAGUCCCACCUAGCGCCGGGACUGUCUGUUGUUGUUGUUUGGGAUUUUGUUGUUAGCGGCAAUGGUGGUGGUGGUGGUAGGAAAGAUGAUGGUACGUUUUUUAUGACACUCUCUGGCCGACCGGUUCCGGGCUGAUAAUGGGGCGUCGUUCCGUUUAUCGGCAGUUUGCCGGCCGUUCCGCUUCGUUCCGUGGUGUUUAGCUUGGAGAAUGAAUGGAUGGACAGCGUGUUGAAGUGCCAGUUAACAGAGUGUGUGUGUGUGUGUGUUUGUGUGUGUGUGUGUGUCGAAUGUGAUUGCGCCAGAUGAGCUAACUGAGCGGAACACAAAAAGAAACUCAUUUUAGAAAAUCAAUAACUAUGUAACGCGCAAGAUAGUGAUUACAAAAUAAGUGGACUUCGACCAUUUUGAAGACAUUCAUUGAAGUUUUUUUUAGCGUUGUUUCUGUUACUUGGAUCUGGUGGUUUUUCGGAUCCAAACAUUCGAAAUUUUACCAUUUGUACAUUUGUGUGAAAUUAUAAGUAUAAAAACGUCGCCAUGGUUCGUCCGAAACAACAUUCGUUAGGCACAACAUGGUAUGCUGGAAUGAAAGAUAAACAACGAAUAGAAUACUUCCUGCUUGUACCUUAUAGUAUACUUCAAGAUAUUCUUUUAACAUUUACGGUUGACAAGAUAUAUAAUUCUUAAAUAUUCUGUAAAUCUUUUGUACAUUUUGAAAACGGUUUGGAACGUUUUGUUAGUAAGCUAUGGUAGCUAUGGGCAACACUACCGUAGUUACCAAUAACACGUAGUUACCUAUGCGUUAGUUGGCAAGUCAAUACACAAAAUAAAUCAUUCUUCAAGUGUGCGUGUAUUUUU